AUGGAUCUCGGGUUCGUGUCGCCGCUCGCGGUGCGGGCCACCGUCCCUCUGAAGGAACCUUUGGGUGGCCGGAUCGUCAGCAUCAUACUCAACCUCGCCUCGCUGACCGUACUCGCCAUCUUUCUCAUCAUAUUUGGCAUCUACAUUGACUCAUACGUCUUUGUGUUUGCCACCGGCCUUCUUCUGUUCGGUUUCAGUAUUGAUAGGUCUACGCCUGCUUGCGAUGCGGCCAUUCUUCUCUGUCUCUGCUGCUAUGUCAGCACAAAGAUUGCAAUCUAUUUGUUUCUGGUGGAGAAAGCACAUAUUGUCAGGGGCUCUCGACUGCCUCGCUUGAAGUCCAAGCUCUAUAUCUUCAACUCAUUUGGCAUGCUGGGUAUAUAUGGUGUCGUCGUAGUACUUAAUUUCGUUUUUCGUAUCAGCAAACAGGAAAGUGGAGUAUGUGUCAUCGGCAUGCAGAAAGGCGCCAUGAUCCCACUCAUAUCCUUCGACAUUGUCGUCAAUGUCUACCUCACAAUCCUCUUCCUCAUCCCGCUGUCCAGCAUGUACUCCUUUAGGAACAAGAAGACGCAGCUCCGGCCAACGAGCGCGCGGUUGCGUACGGUGGCCAUCCGGACCUUUGUCGGCUGCCUCUGCACCCUCACGAGCAGCAUCGUCAACCUCUCGGUCCUCAUGAUCCUCGAAGGCGAGCCGGGCUGGAUCUGCCUCAUGUGCUGCAACAGCGACAUCCUCUUCUCCGCCAUCGUCCUCCAGUGGGUCACGUCCAAGGACAACGCCGCGUCCAGCCGGACGCCCGGCCACACCGACAUGUACUACGCCCAGCAGCAGCCGCCCACCCUCGAGGACGCCGCUUCCUCCGUUGUUGCCGCCGCCGCCGCCGCCGCCGCCGCAGUUCCCAGCGCCGUCAUGCCCUGCCCGAGCUGCCGCGCCGCCAGCAUCGCCGCAGGGGCAGGCAGCAUCUUCCCGCCGCCGCCGCCGCCGUCCAUCACGGGCGUCAACCACCCCUACUACGCCGCCGGCCCGCGCCGCCACUCGCGGUCCUGCUUCGCGAGCGCCAUGGCCGGCCUGGCCGGCGGCGGCAGCAGCGGGCGCAACAAGGCGGAGCCCGAGCCCGAGCCCGCGGCGAGCGAGAUCAGCCGCACGCUCAGCGUCGAGGUGCUGCAUGAGCCGGCGGCGGCGGCCGCCCGGGGUGGUGGUGGUGGUGGUGGCAGAGGAGGCGUCGCGACCAACGAAGUGCACAUCAGCGCCGUGGGGCGGGGCUCCGUGUCGAGCCUGGACGGGGCGGAGCUGGAGCGGGCCGCGACGGCCGUGGCGUCGACGGCGGCGUCGUCGUCGUCGUCGUCGCCGGUGACGUGCUGCGGGAGUCACGACGACGACGAGAAGUCUGGGGAGAAGGGCGACGACCGGGUUAGCGUCGAGGAGCGGGAGGAGGAAGAGGGGGACGACGACGACGACGACGAGAAUGUCAUUGUCGACGAGGAGGCGCCUCGUACGGUGCUGCAUGCGCCGCCUCCACGGAGGGGGAGGUGA